AUGGAUAAGAGUUGGGUAGAACAUAAUGGAACACUUGAAGCGAUAUAUAAAAGUGCGAUUGAAACAAAUAUGACAAGGGAAUACAUUAUAGAUAAAAUAAUAGGAAAAGAGGAUACCGUAAUACCACCGAAAACAAUAGCUAACAUAAAAUUUAAAACUUAUAUGGGGACAAUAAAUAAACAAUUAACUAUACAUCCAGUGGACCGUUUAAGCCAAAACCAAUAUUUAAAAUUGGAAAAAAAUAUUGUAGACAAAAACAUUGAAGAAAUUCAGGUGUACAAUUUUUCAAAUCUAUAUACAAGAAUAUAUGAAGGCACCAUAAUAGGAACAAUAGAAUAUAAAAAGAAAGAUAGUUUAUUAAUAAUUAAUGAAACAAGUAAAGACAUCACCGACAGACAAGGUACGGUCAUUAAAAUUUCAAAUGACUUAACUAAUAAACAGAGAGAGAAGGCAACACUAUUAAUAAGUAAAUACCAAUAUUUGUUUACUUCUGAACAAUUGGAAUUAAAUUGUGCCAAAGUGGAAGAGUGUGAGGUUAAUUUAGACUCAAAGGACACGGUUUUCCAAGCACCAUAUAGAGUUUCUCCAAAACAAAGAGAAAAAUUGAAAAACAUAAUUGAUGAAAUGACAAGAGCAGAUAUUAUAGAACCCAGUAAGAGCAGUUAUGCAGCGCCAGUAUUUAUUAUACCUAAAAAACAGAAAGGAGAAUCGUUUCUUAGUGGAUUUUAUUAA